UUAAAUUCAUAAGAAACUGUAUACAGAGAUAAUCGGAUAAUCAAAGAUGUUGAGUGGCAGAGAACAGAGGACGGAGUCAUUGUUCGAGAAACAGAUCAAGUUCACCAGAAAUGGCAGCUUGAAGGCUCCGGCGAAGAGAUCGUCAUCGCAAUCGGCUCAUCCUCUCCGAUACUAUCUCAAGCGCUUCAGCGGAAGUAUGGCGGAGGCUCUGCGGAUGAUUUCGCCGGUGAAAUGCCGCAAACUUGACUCUUCAUCAUCGUUUUCGUCAUCAUCUUCAUUUUCAUCGCACUACAGCAGUAAAUCAUCGAGGCAGCAGGGGAUGGUGGCCGGAAGCAAUUAUUCGUGUACAGCUUCCGCUCCUCGCCGGAAUUCAAUCGGAACUGAAGAUCACAGAGCUGAAGCGAUAGAUGAUUGCAUCAAAUUCAUCAACGCCUCCUUGUCUAGAUCAAAGUCACUCGCUUCUUAUAGUUGUUAAUUUAUGACAAAGUAGCUCCUAAUUAGUUUAGAACAAUUAAUUAGUACUUUUUUUUAUUCAUUUGAAAGGAUUAAUUUGUACGUAUAAUGCCUUUGGGAUCAGUCGAUCAGAUCAACUUAUGAUCGAGUGGUGUGGAAAUUAAUCAAAAGGUAGAACAAUUAAUUUGUAUUCUUUUGAACCUGUUGAAAGAAAACGUGUACUUCGAAUGAGCUGAGGUCGG